UCUCAGUACAAUCCCACUUCCCUACGGGACAGUACAAAUACUUGGAGACUUCACUACAAUAUUCUAUAAGGAUUUAUACAUAUUGGCAAGAUGAAUAGGGAUAUAGAAACCCGUUCCAUGAUCCUCGGCUGCAAUAUAGAGAAUGCUAGGAACGCGCGGAUAGAGCAAGAGGAGCUGGCACGUCGUAUUGCCAUCUCUCUGAUAAAAUCCCGGGAGUAUAUUGAGGAAGUCAGGAAACUGCAAAUAGAACUGGCAAAACUUAAGAUAGCUGUCAACAAUUCUUUGACCAAUUCGGAAUCGGAAUUACAUGCUCGCCGCCUUUUGAAUAAACUAACAGCAAUUGUAGCCAAUUUGUCAUUGUUAGCUGAGCUCACCCCGGAACUAAUCAGGGAGUUGUUGGCAAGACCGGAUGAAGAAGAUUUGGAUGAACAAGAUUCGAUAGAAGAGCCUACUGGAGAAGAAAAUGUUUCCGAAGAACCUGCUACCGAACAGGAAUAAUCAAUUUGAAUUUUUAUAAUUUCAACUAUGUAUUUUGUUGUUUAAAUUCAAAAUUGUUCAAUAUAUCUAUGAAUCAAAUGGUA